AUGGUCUUUCCAAGUAUUGCAUUUGCCUUCUUCCACUCCAUACGGCUACAGUGGACAACAUUUCUUUCCCGCCUCCCUCUGAUGCUCGCCUACACAUGGUUCAAUCUCCUCGCAUUCACGGUCAACAACCAGCGACACCCGGGUUCAGUAGCUGAAGACAAGUUGAACAAACCAUGGCGACCCAUUCCAGCCGGUCGCCUGACUCCAGCACAAGCUCACACCCUUGGGACUCCUAUCCAUUCCAACCGCCUUGGCCUCCUAGGGACUAUCUACAAUGACUUUGGCGGUGGCGAUGGCCACUGGCUCGUUCGAAACUUACUCAAUGCUGCUGGGUUUACAUCAUUCGCCUCGGGAACACUUGAAGUUGCCAUGCAGUCAUCUCUCCCGAGGUCAGUCACCCCGUGGAUCUUCUUGAUCGCGAUGGUUGUCGGUACCAGCGUCCACGUGCAAGACAUGUAUGAUCAACCCGGUGACGCUGCGGCGGGUCGACGUACAGUGCCAUUGGUGAUCGGCGAUGCAGCUGCUCGGUGGAGCAUCGCCGUUGCUGUGACUGGCUGGAGUAUCUUAUGUCCGCUCUACUGGGACUCCGAUAUGUUGGGCUACUUGGGUCCAUUGGGGCUGGGUCUUUGGGUUAGUCUGCGUUCGCUGACGAGGUGGACGGUCAAGGAGGAUAGAAGUACAUUCCGGAUCUACAACGCAUGGCUUGUAGCGCUAUAUGCGCUGCCGAUGACCCAUCGAUACGGUGGCUCUGUAUAA